UCAUGCAAUUCUCGCCAAGUUCUACCUUUGUUAGACGUCUUCUUUGAAGAUAAUACCAAACCCUAGUUCUUUCCCUCUCUAAUUCUUGUUCCCGUUACUUUCCCUCAUUUUCGUUCCCUUUCCGGGAAAAUCCUCACCAAUUCUCUCUCUCCCUUUCCCUCUUCUUUAUAUCUUUCAUUCCUUAGAUCUGCAUGGUGUGGGGUUAUUUCGGUGCUUAGAAUCUGCUUGAUUUCGCUUUUCUAGCGUUGGAUUAGGGUUUGUCAUUUUGGGUAAAAUUCUUCUGAGCGGUCGGAGUGGGGAUUAGAGAGAAGAGUGGGUUAAAGAGAGGGGAUUGGGGCCGGUCUCAAUAGAUCUUCUUCUGCUUCUUUUGAGGGGGUAGCCGGGGCCUCGGCCUCGGCGGGUUUUAAAGCCCCCACCUUCACAAACUGAACAGAAAAGAAUCAUAAUCACAAUACUAACCUUAAUUUUUUAACAAAAACAGAUCGUCGAGGAAGAGGAUGCCGGCCCUGGCUUGCUGCGUAGAUGCUGCCGUUGCGCCUCCCGGCUACGCUUUCAAUGCCGGGGGUAGCUCCCUUCCUUCGCCGGUCUCUUUUUCCGGCGUACCUUCGGCGCCAACCAACCCCACUGCCUGCAUCGAUUCUUCCCAUUGGUCAUCUUCCCUCUCCGCUGCACUCUACAAGAUCGACGCUUGGGGUGCUCCUUACUUUUCUGUCAACUCCUCCGGCAACAUAGCCGUCCGCCCUUAUGGGACUGACACUCUGCCUCAUCAGGAAAUCGAUCUCUUGAAGAUCGUGAAGAAAGUUUCAGAUCACAAAUCCAUGGGUGGUCUCGGCUUGCAGCUGCCCCUUAUUGUUCGCUUGCCUGAUGUACUAAGGAACCGCUUGGAGUCUCUGCAAUCAGCUUUCAAUUUUGCAAUCCAAUCUCAGGGCUACGAGGCACACUACCAAGGUGUGUAUCCGGUGAAGUGUAACCAGGACCGUUUCGUUGUUGAGGAUAUCGUGAGAUUUGGAUCUCCAUUCCGGUUCGGGUUGGAGGCUGGCUCGAAACCGGAGCUCCUUUUGGCUAUGAGCUGCUUGUGCAAGGGAAGUCCAGAAGCUCUCCUGGUUUGUAAUGGAUUCAAAGAUUCCGAGUACAUUUCACUGGCGUUAUUCGCUAGAAAACUAGCUUUGAACACGGUGAUUGUGCUUGAGCAAGAAGAAGAGCUUGAUUUGGUUCUGGGAUUGAGCAAGAAAAUGUCUGUUAGGCCCGUGAUUGGAGUGCGAGCCAAGCUGAGAACCAAACAUUCGGGCCAUUUUGGGUCCACCUCGGGCGAGAAAGGGAAAUUUGGGUUAACCACGACCCAGAUUUUACGCGUUGUGAAGAAGCUUGAGGAAGCUGGAAUGCUUGAUUGUCUCCAGUUGCUGCAUUUCCAUAUUGGAUCUCAAAUUCCUUCUACUGCCUUGCUAGCAGAUGGCGUAGGCGAAGCUGCACAGAUCUAUUGCGAAUUAGUUCGUCUGGGUGCCCACAUGCGAGUCCUUGACAUUGGAGGUGGGUUGGGUAUCGAUUACGAUGGAUCGAAAUCUGGUAAUUCAGAUCUUUCUGUGGCUUAUGGGCUUGAAGAGUAUUCUCUAGCUGUUGUCCAAGCAGUCAAGUUUGUUUGUGACCGCAAGAACAUUAAGCACCCGGUGCUUUGCAGCGAAAGUGGCCGGGCUAUUGUUUCUCAUCACUCCAUCUUGGUAUUUGAAGCAGUCUCUGCAAGCGUGUCUAGUGCUUCAUCAAUGACUUCCGCUGGGUUCCAGUAUUUCAUGGAGGGGCUUACAGAGGAUGCCCUUUCGGAUUACAGAAAUUUAUCAGCUGCAGUGGUGAGAGGCGAAUUUGAUACCUGCUUGCUCUAUGCUGAGCAAUUGAAACAAAGAUGUGUUGAUCAGUUCAAAGAAGGAAGCAUUGGUAUGGAACAAUUAGCUGCUGUCGAUGGGUUCUGUGAAGUGGUGGGUAAGGCAAUUGGACUGUCGGAGCCAAUUCGCACUUACCACGUGAAUCUAUCAGUUUUCACCUCAAUUCCUGAUUUUUGGGGGAUUGGUCAGUUGUUUCCCAUCGUCCCAAUUCAUAAACUAGAUCAAAGGCCUGCGGUGAGAGGGAUUUUGUCUGAUUUAACAUGUGACAGUGAUGGGAAGAUUGACAAAUUCGUCGGCGGCGAGUCAAGCUUGCCGCUGCAUGAAAUUGAAGGCGGCGGGCGGUACUACUUGGGGAUGUUUUUGGGUGGGGCUUACGAGGAGGCGCUCGGUGGAGUUCACAACCUGUUCGGUGGCCCUAGUGUUGUGCGGGUUUCACAGAGUGAUGGACCGCACAGCUUUGCGGUGACUGCUGCCGUGCCGGGCCCGUCUUGUGGGGAUGUCCUCCGAGUUAUGCAGCACGAGCCCGAGCUCAUGUUCGAGACCCUCAAGCACCGCGCUGAAGAAUUCUGCCACCCUGACAUAGAAAGUGACGAUGGCUGCGAGAGUGAUCAUAGUAUGGGCUAUGAUGCUUUAGCUAACAGCCUUGCUCGCAUCUUCCACAACAUGCCUUAUCUUGUGGCUUCCUGUUCGCUGACUGCUUUGACUAAUGGUGGUUUAUACUAUUGCGGCGAGGACGCUGCAGAUUCUGCUGCUGGUGAUGAAGAGCAGUGCUGUGCUUGAGUUUUUAAUUAAUUAGCCAUGUCCCUACCCCAACUUUAUAUUUUCCAUCUAUGGUUGGUUUGUGCUGGAGGUCGUCUAUUGUUAACUUUGUUUUAAUUUUUGUUUUGUUAAUGCCCAUUUUGAUGCAGGACUAUCUUUUCUUUUGCAUCUUGUUAUGAAAGAGGGAAUUGUGGGAAAAACCGAAUAAUCCACCCUACCCUUUUGUAAAUUCCCUCUUUUUACUGUCCAUUUAGUAGAUUUUUCGAGUUUUUGGUUCAA